AUGGCCGGUAUAAGGAGGAUGAAUGGGAAGUAUUCUGGUGUCAACCCAGCUGUGAGCUGUUGUCGCCUUCGGAAAGUGCAAUCCUUGCUCUGUGGUGGCACUGCAUCUCCAGAUGGCAUACUGUGCUCUCUUGGAAUUGAUAGCCGAUAUAAUGAAGGAUGUACAGAGCUCGCCAAAUACCUGUUUUAUGGACUUUACUGUAGAAAACAGCUCAGUCUCGACCAUGCUAGCGAAGAGUUUUCUGAGGAAAUGCUUGAUGAUGUCAUCUUGUUGAUUAAGUCAGAGUGUGUUCAUCUUUACUGCAACCCUCAGAACUACAGCUAUCUUCUACCCUACAUAUCCCACUGGAGGAAUUUGCACCUCUACUGCAUGACUGAAGCAGAGUAUGAAGACGAAGAAGCUGCAGAAGAAUUUAAAAUCUCCAGUUUUGUCACUAUGGUGCGAGACUGUUACAAUAUUGGUGUACCUUACAGUUCUCGAGAACAUUUCCAAAAGUUUGAUAUGUUUAUGGUUGAAAAAUGGCCCUUGAUUCAAGCAUUUGCAUUAGAGGGGAUUGGUGGAGGAAGCUUUUUUACCCUAAAAUUCAAGCUAUUGGACAUAAGUGAGAAAUUGUGGGAGGUGUAUAACAAGCUGGACCCGGUGUCUCUUGAGCUUUUUCUCUCAGAGGACUUGGUCACAUUUGAGAAGCAAUGGAGCAGCUUUUUCUCCAGCAUGGACCUGGAGAGCCAUUUGUCCAUCCUCGAAUUGUCUGAAGCUCAGGCAGGAGAGUCGUUUCGGACAUACUAUUGCCAUGGACUAAUCUCAAGCAAUAUCACUGUUAAAAGUUACAAUCAGCAACCCUUUGUGCUUUUUGGAACACACAGUUCUUCUGAGGAUUUAGAAAACUACUCAUUCAACUUUCCCUCAGAGAGUCACCAGGUCCGCAACACUGGGCCCCAGGGUUCCACUGCCAAACACAUGGUUCUACAGUGUGUGGCGCCUAAAGGCCCUUUAUCCUGCUCAAGGACUUACUUCUUUGGAAUGACACACGUGCCAUUUCUUGGGUAUGAGAACACACAACAAAAAAACCCUGAUGUUUUAGUUUUGUCCCAGAUUUAUGCAGCACUUGUUCAGGCUGUGUUAUCAGGAAUCAAAUGCUACUCAUCCACCUCUAGUCUGACUAAAGCUAAGGAUGUGGCAGACAAUACCUUUUUAUUGACUUUAGACUCAAUGAAUUUAAGUCAGUACCGCAGUGCUCUGAGGUCUAAAUGUGACUUCAAUAUUCAGGCUGUAGAUAAUCAUGGAAGAGUGAUGCCGCUGAACGUUGAUGGUAGUAGCUCCUGGGUGAAAACGGCCUCUAUGACAGUGCGCAACAUCCCAGACCUGCAGUGGGACCGGGGUGACAUGGGCUCUAUCAUCUUCUCUGAAUCUUUCCUGGAGUCCAGCAUCAACAUUCAACAGAAAGAUGGCACUGUGUCUUCAGAUAGCUGCUACACUGUCCUCACAACGUCAGUGCCUCGCUACGCCUGUUGGCAGCUGGAAUCUGAUGUCAAACAAACCGAAGAAACACUAAAUCUUACAAAGAAAGAAGAUGGCUGCUUGGGUUCUGCUCUGACUGCUGCAGAUGCUGCCUAUGUGCACUCAAGCAGUUAUCUCUCCACACCCGAAGAAGGGAAGAUCGUUUUUUUCUCAGAGGGGCUCAUGUUUAUUCAUUCUCAAUAUGGAAGCAUCACUAUUUCAAGAGAUCACAUCAGCUCUAUUAAGCUAUAUGACUCUGACACUUUAGCCUCUCUGUUUGUGGAGUAUGAGAAAACUCUGCUGCCACAUCUUCCAUUUCCUCUGCACAACUCAGACCAGAGUCUUGUGUUUGCUCUGCAACCUCGAUCCAAGAGCCACAGAGCUUUUUAUUCCAAGGUUUUACCUGUUUGGCAAAACUCAGACUCUGGACUAAAUCUGCAAGUUGUGGACAAAGAACAGUUGGGCUGGACCCAAACAAACAUGCACUGCAGACUCCAAAAGCUUCAUGAGAGUCAGGAGCCUCCAGUGGCCAAACGCAGAGGAAACAUGACGACCUCGUGUUCACAGCUGCCAGAGCUGGACAUGUUUCUCCAGCACUUUGCUUUAAGUACCAUUAGUCAUGAGCCCAUUUUGAAUGAUCACCUAGGGGCACUCUUCCCCUCCACUGAGCUGAGGAAACCAGUCAAGAGCCAAGGAGACAAGGUUGUCAUUACAAUCAUCACCGGACUUCCCAGGAGCCAUAAAAACAGACUUGGUCAAUUUCUGGUGAAUUUCAGUAAAGACCGUGGAAGGUGGGUGGUAUAUGAGGCUGGUUCUGACAGCUGCGACACUUCCACAGCCUCUCACCUCCAGCAGUUCUUGUCUGGUUUCCUGGGGAGCCACGGAGGCCUGAGAGGCAAAGCCCGUCUGCUGCUGAUCUCACCUGGAUACAUGGAUGUUUUGGAUGUGGUCCAGGCCAUUCUCUUCCACCCUGAUCCAGCCAUCCAAGCUCGUUUCACCAUAGGUGCAGUCACAGCCUGCGUUGACCCCCUGGCCUCCUUUAUGGAGCACAGGUUUGCCUUCCCCAAACUAUUAGAGCAAUGGAGCCAAGGUAUUGUGAGUACAGUGGUGUUCACUGGUCUGACAGCGGAGCAGAAGCAUCCUCUCUUGCAGCAUGUUCAGCAGUUGGUACGCUCUGCCAACCCCACCGCUGCCUUCAUCCUGGCUGAGAAAGGAGCUGUCACCAGGAAUGAAGAUGUGAAUAUGAUACUGUCGGACAGCAGCUUUAAUGAAGCGCAGAUGCUGAGAGCGCGUUACGUCCUUUAUCCCGGCUGGUGCAAAGGCCAAUUCUUCACUGGCACCGGGUCCCUGGUCCUCUCUCAGCAGCAAGUGGCAUUCGCUCGGCCCCUGGAGAGGCCUUUAUUUGUCGCCUGCUGCAAAGCAUUAAAGCUUGAUUUGAAACCCAGCCCUUUCCAUGGAAAUAUUUACAAUAUUUCAGGAAAAGUGUGCUUUUCUGAUUCGGACAAAACCAUGGAGGUGACUUACAACACAGUGAGUGGGACCCUUAGCAUUGUUCCUGCUUUGGGCCCAGAAACCAUUUCCUGCUGCCUGGUCUUUGAUGGUGUUGGUCUUAGUGAAGAUCGCCUGAAGGACUGGCUUCGUGCGUGCACUAAGCAGAAACCUGUAAUGAAGACAAAGAAGACCAAAGCUAACCUCACUUCACAAGAAAUGAAUAUGAUACAUGCGACCAGGCAUCUGGAUCCAAUGCCAGCAGGCUAUUUCUACAACGGCCACCAGUAUGUGAACUUUUUUGGGGAGAAAAGAAACCUUCAUCCCAACAUGGACCAAUUCAUUGACGAGUACAUCGCAGAAGCCAACAAAGAAAUUGAGCUUUUCAACCGAGAUCUGGAGUUACACAGGCAGCCCGACCUGUUCGACCCAUGA